GAAGGAGCAACAUCUACUUGGUCCCUCAGCGCAUAUGCGUCUCGGGAAUCCCUGCUUGUAGAUUUCACCACCUUGAUGGGAAAUGACUAUACGACUGUACCGUUAAAUCCAUACGAGGUUUGGCCGGCGGCUCCCAAGAGCUACCCAUACAAUGGCUGCUAGCCUUCCAGCUGUUACCGAUGGCCUCCUCGCGGCUGGCUUUCCCAGGCCCUCUUCACAAUGGUUAUCGUCCCUCAUUUCGGGUGUCCGUGGUAGCAACCCACCACAGACUGUGCUUGCGGCAACGGCGAAGCACCGCCUGAUGCUUCUCGACCUCACUUCACCCUCUCUCUUCGACCCCUCCGCGGUUUCUCUCCCUCCUAGCCUUUCUGAACCCGCAGUCAAGGAACGGAAGGUUGCACACUCAGUAUUGGUUCAGGUAUUGGCUGUGGAAGAUAUGUCGAAGUCGCGCUGGGAGCAGAUCGAACUUAUUGAAGCUAUGGAGCGCGGUGAAAAGACUAAGGGGAGGGAGAUCGUACGGGAUGUGCCAGGAGAGGAAGGGGAGAAUGGAGUUCGUGUUGGAGCGUCACUCGUUGGGCUGAAAGGCGGACCACAUAAGCUUCUGCUGGAGGAUUGGAAGGGGCAGAGAGUGUACGGCAUGGAGAUCGUGGGUGUGCCAAAGGUGGAUCUGGGGAUGAGCAUUGGUACGAAGAUUUUGCUGAAAGGAGUUACAGUAGCAAGGGGCAUGGUACUACUUGAUCCAGCAACGACGGUUGUCCUUGGAGGAAAGAUCGAUGCGCUGCAUGAGGUGUGGACCAAGGACAGGAAGAAGAUACUCAAAGAGGCAAUCGAGGGUAUCCAUUGAGAAUAGGCGUCAGCGAAUAGCUAUCUGAAGUAGUCCAUGCACAGUAUUGGGUGCCAUAUAUGCACCUGCGGUGUUUUUACUGUCAUUUAAAACGAAUUAUCAGUAGGAGUAAUAUUCCUCGCGAUAUCCACCAUAUCUUUUACAUAUUAACAAUCUUUGAG